AGCGCCAGGGGCAGCCGGGCGAGCGCCGGGGCUUCGGCGGUGCAGGGCGGGAGGCGGAACAGGAAGGCACAGGCGGCGCAGCAGCUUCUCCCGGCGCGGAGAGGGGGCUCGUCCCCUGCUUCCCCCUGAGGGUGCCCGCCCCACCCCUGCCCCAGGCUCCUGUAGAGGACACGUGUCAGCACGUUCCCGCCGUUGUCGUCUCACCCCAUGUCAUAGCCCCUCCCCGGGGCCUGGGACACCCCCUCCCCCGGCCCCAUUAUUCCCAGGCCCAACCUCCCACGCAGAACCGAGGUCCCGGCCGGGUCCUUUUCCUCCACCCGCCUGUCUCCCCAGACAGCGAGCGCCCCGGCCCGGCCCCCAGCCGAAGACACUCGACACACGUUCUUACCCCUGUCAUCUCAUCCCUCAGCCCAGCGCCACCCCGAGCCUGGGAACCCUGGUGUCCUUGGCCCAUUGUUCCUGGGCCUGGCUCCGCGCUGACCGCAGGCUCGGCCCUAGCCCCUGACCCGCGCGUCUCCCCCGGCAACGCGCCGCCACCCGGGAUGCAGCCGGGAGGCUGGGCGGCGGUCAAGGAGGCGGCGGGCCGCGACGUGCUGGCCGCCGACCUCCGGUGCAGCCUCUUCGCCUCGGCGCUGCAGAGCUACAAGCGCGACUCGGUGCUGCGGCCCUUCCCCGCGUCCUAUGCCCGCCACGACUGCAAGGACUUUGAGGCCCUGCUUGCAGAUGCCAGCAAGUUACCCAACCUGAAAGAACUUCUCCAGUCUUCUGGAGACAAAGACGUACAGGCCAGGGAUCUGGUGAGCUGGAUUUUAUCCUCAAAGGUCCUGACAAUCCACAGUGCAGGGAAGUCAGAGUUCAAAAAGAUCCAAAAGCUGACUGGUGCCCCUCACACGCCUGUCCCCGUGCCGGACUUCCUGUUUGAAAUUGAAUACUCCAACCCAGCGAACGCCAAAUUUUAUGAGACCAAAGGAGAACGGGACCUAAUCUACGCCUUCCAUGGGAGCCGCCUCGAAAACUUCCAUUCCAUCAUCCACAAUGGGCUGCAUUGCCACCUGAACAAGACGUCCUUGUUUGGGGAAGGGACCUACCUCACCAGUGACUUGAGCCUGGCCCUCAUUUAUAGCCCCCAUGGCCUGGGAUGGCAGCGCAGCCUCCUUGGCCCCAUCCUCAGCUGCGUGGCUGUGUGUGAAGUCAUUGAUCAUCCAGAUGUCAAGUGCCAAAUGAAGAAGAAGGGGCCUGGGGGAAAGAUGGCGGGGACCAAGGCCUGGGUGUUCUUCUUCCUGGUCCUGGAAGUCACCUCUGUGUCAGGGAGGCAGACGAUGCUCACCCAGUCAGUAAGAAGAGUCCAGCCUGGGAGGAGGACCUCCAGCAUCUUUGCCAAGCCUGCUGACUCUCUGGAAAGUCCUGGGGAGUGGACAACCUGGUUCAACAUCGACCACCCAGGCGGGCAGGGUGACUAUGAGCGGCUGGACGCCAUUCACUUCUACUAUGGGGACCGGGUGUGUGCUCGGCCCCUGCGGCUAGAGGCUCGGACCACCGACUGGAUGCCUGCAGGCAGCACUGGCCAGGUGGUCCAUAGCAGUCCCCGUGAGGGCUUCUGGUGCCUCAACAGGGAGCAGCGUCCUGGUCAGAACUGCUCCAAUUAUACGGUGCGCUUCCUCUGCCCACCAGGGUCCCUGCGCCGAGACACAGAGCGCAUCUGGAGCCCAUGGUCUCCCUGGAGCAAGUGUUCUGCUGCUUGUGGUCACACUGGAGUCCAGACCCGAACACGUACCUGCUUGGCAGAGACAGUGUCUCUGUGCAAUGAGGCCUCUGAGGAGGGCCGCCUCUGCAUGGACCAGGCCUGUACAGCCUGUGACCUGACCUGCCCCAUGGGCCAGGUGAAUGCUGACUGCGAUGCAUGCAUGUGCCAGGACUUCAUGCUACACGGAGCUGUCUCCCUCCCUGGGGGUGCCCCAGCCUCAGGAGCCACCGUCUACCUGCUGACCAAGAAGCCUAAGCCACUGACCAAGACAGACAGCAGUGGGAGGUUCCGGAUCCCUGGCUUGUGCCCUGAUGGCAAAAGCAUUCUGAAGAUCACAAAGGCCAAGUUUGCCCCCAUCAUGCUUAAAAUGCCCAAGACUAGCCUAAAGGCAGCCACUGUCAAUGCGGAGUUCAUGAGGGCAGAGACUCCAUACAUCGUGAUGAACCCAGAGACAAAAGCACGGAGAGCUGGGCAGAGUGUGUCCCUAUGCUGUAAGGCCACAGGGAAGCCCAGUCCAGACAAGUAUUUCUGGUACCACAAUGACACACUGCUGGACCCCUCCCUCUACAAGCAUGAGAGCAAGCUAGUGCUGAGGAACCUGCGACAGGACCAGGCUGGAGAGUACUUCUGCAAGGCCCAGAGUGACUCGGGGGCUGUGAAGUCGCGGGUGGCCCAGUUGAUUGUCAUAGCCACUGAUGAGACUCCUUGCAAUCCAACCCCUGAGAGCUACCUUAUCCGGCUGCCCCAUGAUUGCUUCCAGAAUGCCACCAACUCUUUUUACUAUGACGUGGGCCAUUGCCCUGUCAAGACCUGUGCAGGGCAGCAGGAUAACGGGAUCAGGUGCCGGGAUGCCGUGGAACACUGCUGUGGCAUCUCCAAAACAGAGGAAAGGGAGAUCCAGUGCAGUGGGUACACGCUGCCCACCAAGGUGGCCAUGGAGUGCAGCUGCCAGCGGUGUACAGAGACCCGGAGUAUUGUGCGUGGCCGCGUCAGUGCUGCUGACAAUGGGGAACCCAUGCGCUUUGGCCACGUGUACCUGGGAGGCAACCGUGUGAGCAUGACUGGCUACAAAGGCACUUUCACCCUCCAUGUUCCCCAGAACACAGAGAGGCUGGUGCUCACAUUUGUGGACAGGUUGCAGAAGUUCGUCAAUACCACUAAAGUGCUGCCCUUCAACAAGAAGGGGAGUGCAGUGUUCCAUGAGAUCAAAAUGCUUCGGAAGAAAGAGCCCAUCACGUUGGAGGCCAUGGACACCAACAUUAUCCCCCUUGGGGAGAUGGCUGGAGAAGACCCUAUGGCUGAGCUGGAGAUCCCAUCCAAGAGCUUCUACAGGCAGAAUGGGGAGCCCUACACAGGAAAAGUAAAGGCCAGUGUGACCUUCCUGGAUCCCCGUAAUAUUUCCACAGCCACAGCUGCCCAGAGUGACCUGAACUUCAUCAGUGAUGAAGGAGACACCUUCCCCCUUCGGACAUAUGGCAUGUUCUCUGUGGACUUCACAGACGAGGCCAUCUCAGAGUCACUUAAUGUUGGCAAGGUGAAGGUCCACCUUGACUCGACCCAGGUCAAGAUGCCAGAGCAUGUUCCCACAAUGAAACUCUGGUCACUCAACCCAGACACAGGGUUGUGGGAGGAGGAAGGUGACUUCAAAUUUGAAAGCCAAAGGCGGGGCAAAAGGGAAGAGAGAACCUUCCUGGUAGGCAACAUGGAGAUCCGUGAAAGGAGGCUCUUUAAUUUGGAUGUCCCAGAAAGCAGGAGGUGCUUUAUCAAGGUUAGGGCCUACCGGAGUGAGAGGUUCUUGCCCAGUGAGCAGAUCCAGGGAGUUGUGGUCUCUGUGAUCAACCUGGAGCCCAGGACUGGCUUCUCAUCCAACCCCAGGGCCUGGGGGCGCUUUGACAGUGUCAUCACGGGCCCCAAUGGGGCUUGUGUUCCUGCCUUCUGCGAUGACGAGUCCCCUGAUGCCUAUUCUGCCUAUGUCUUGGCAAGCCUAGCUGGGGAAGAACUGGAAGCAGUACAAUCUUUUCCUAAAUUCAACCCAAAUGCAAUUGGUGUCCCACAGCCCUAUCUCAAUAAGCUCAAAUACCGUCGGACAGAUCAUGAGGACCCACGGGUGAAGAAGACAGCUUUCCAGAUUAGCAUGGCCAAGCCACGGCCCAAUUCAGCCGAGGAGAGCAAUGGGCCCAUCUAUGCCUUUGAGAACCUCCGGGCAUGUGAGGAGGCCCCACCCAGUGCAGCCCACUUCCGGUUUUACCAGAUUGAGGGAGAUCGGUAUGACUACAAUACUGUACCCUUCAAUGAGGAUGACCCUAUGAGCUGGACUGAAGACUACCUGGCAUGGUGGCCCAAGCCAAUGGAGUUCAGGGCCUGCUACAUCAAGGUGAAGAUUGUGGGUCCAGUGGAGGUGAAUGUACGAUCCCGCAACAUGGGGGGCACCCACCGGCGGACAGUGGGGAAGUUGUAUGGAAUCCGGGAUGUGAAAAGCACACGGGACAGGGACCAGCCCAAUGUCUCAUCUGCCUGUUUAGAGUUCAAGUGCAGUGGGAUGCUCUAUGACCAGGACCGUGUGGACCGCACACUGGUGAAGGUCAUCCCUCAGGGCAGCUGCCAUCGAGCCAGUGUUAACUCCAUGCUUCAUGAGUACCUGGUCAACCACCUACCACUAGCAGUCAAUAAUGACACCAGCGAGUACACCAUGCUGGCACCCUUGGAUCCACUGGGCCACAACUAUGGCAUCUAUACCGUCACUGACCAGGACCCUCGUGUGGCCAAGGAGAUUGCUCUUGGCCGGUGCUUUGAUGGCACAUCUGAUGGCUCCUCCAGAGUCAUGAAGAGCAACGUGGGAGUGGCCCUGACCUUUAACUGCGUAGAGAGGCAGGUGGGCCGCCAGAGUGCCUUCCAGUACCUCCAAAGCCCCUCUGCCCGGCCCCCUGCCACAAACAGUGGCAGAGGAAGAGUGCCCUCGCGGAGACAGCAGCGGGCUAGUAGGCGUGGCCAGCGGAGGCGCGAAGCAGUGGCCUCUCCGAGAUUUCUGGGGCUUGCUUCGCAGCCUCGGAACAACUAAGUCUCGUGGUACUUUUCUUCCCCCACCUCAUGCAACAGCCAUUGUGAGACUGAUGCACAAACUGUCACUUGGUUAAUUUAAGCACACCUGUUCUGGGGAAGUUUGCUUGUUUGUUUCUUCAUGCCUUUAUUUACUGUCUUUAGGCCAUGAUACUGAUUGGCACCUAGCGUUCCCACCCAAUGUCAAAAUAAAGUCUUUUUGUCCUGUUCUUUAAAAGAAACACAAGAAAUUGGCCAUUGGUAAAGUCUGUGGCCAACAACGAAAAUGUACUUCCUUCUUUUUUUGCAGGGUUUCGCUCACCUCUAUGAUAAUGAUAAUCUGAUGAUAAAAACCAAAUAACCAAUAUAAGGCAUAUUUCUUGGCCUUGGUUUACAAGAUGUCAGCAAGGCCUCUAUCACAGUUCACACAUAUAAAUCGUGGUGAAAUAAAGGAAUAAACUACAAUUUUUUACUUGAAA